UAAGAAAAGGUUAAAAUUGUCAAAAGAGAAGAGAAAGUUGAUUCCCUAGGGUUUAUUUGCUCCUCCUCUUCGUUUUCUCGUCUUCGUCUUCAAGCGAAGAGAUUCGAAGCUCGUCGCAUCAAACCCUAGCAAUUGAAGAUGAGGCCGAUCUUGAUGAAGGGACAUGAACGUCCAUUGACGUUCCUCAGGUACAACAGAGAUGGCGAUCUUCUGUUCUCCUGCGCCAAGGACCACACCCCCACCCUCUGGUUUGCCGAUAAUGGCGAACGCCUUGGAACCUACCGUGGCCACAAUGGUGCUGUUUGGUGCUGUGAUGUCUCCCGAGACUCGUCAAGAUUGAUCACUGGCAGUGCUGAUCAGACUGCUAAGCUGUGGGAUGUGCAAUCUGGACAACAGUUGUUCACAUUCAAGUUUGGUUCUCCGGCCAGGUCUGUGGAUUUCGCUGUUGGCGAUCAUCUUGCAGUGAUUACCACUGAUCCCUUCAUGGAACGUAACUCUGCAAUUCAUGUGAAACGCAUUGCAGAAGAUCCCGAAGACCAGGUUGAUGAGUCUGUGCUUGUUCUUCCAAGUGCUGAGGGAAGGAAGAGGAUCAACAGAGCUGUUUGGGGUCCGCUGAACCAAACUAUUGUUAGUGGUGGUGAAGAUGCUGUAAUCAGAAUCUGGGAUACGGAGACUGGGCAAUUGCUCAAGGAAUCAGAUGAGGAAGUGGGUCACAAGAAGGCCAUUACAUCGCUCUCUAAAGCAGCUGAUGAUUCUCACUUCAUUACAGGUUCACUUGACAAAUCUGCAAAGCUGUGGGACAUGAGAACGCUGACUCUUCUUAAGACUUACACAACAGUGGUGCCUGUAAAUGCUGUCACCAUGUCUCCACUUCUCAACCAUAUUGUGCUUGGAGGUGGUCAAGAUGCAUCAGCUGUGACUACCACUGACCAUCGUGCUGGGAAGUUUGAAGCUAAGUUUUACGACAAGAUUCUGCAAGAAGAAAUUGGUGGUGUGAAGGGUCAUUUUGGACCUAUAAAUGCUUUGGCAUUCAAUCCUGAUGGGAGGAGUUUCUCUAGUGGAGGUGAAGACGGAUACGUGAGGUUGCAUCAUUUUGAUUCCGAUUACUUCAACAUCAAGAUUUAGAUUCUUUGAAUAAGUCUUUGCGUUCCGGAUUUUGCUCUCUCCUCUUUUAGCAUUUUCAUGUUUUUGUUUACUACCAAAACAAAUAGUUUGAUGACAAAGCUUUUGAACAUCGUCAGAAUCUUUUGUUUUUCAGUUCCAGAGUUUUUCAUUGGUCAAAUUUUAAUUAUUAUAACA